CCAUAAUGCUUUUAAAAGCCGUCAUUUUGCAAUAAAGACUCCUCAAUACAUUUCUUACCUCCUACUCCAAUCAUGCAUCACUAUCACACAAAUACACAUAUACCCUUUUCACAUGCACAUUAUAAAAGCAUUAGUCACUACUCCAUGCAUCAUCCCCUCCCUCUACCCAAAACUCAUUUCUUAGCCCAAAAUACAAACAUAUACUAACCAAUUCAUCCAACAAAAACAUGAAAUUCAACAGAACCCUCUUUUGGCUUUCUGGUUUUGCCAUCCUUCUCUUUUCUAUCAUCAUUGUUCAUUACACCACACCACCUUCAAACACCUCUAACACUGCCACCAGUAGUUCUCUAGAUAGUUUAUUAAGCAAGAUAAUAAAGCUACGUGGUGCUCAAGAUUUUGUGUCUUUGUUGAUAACAAGUAUUGCGAGUACGAGACAUCAUCAUUGGAUGAGGCAUAAGGAAAAAUGUGACGAGGCCAAACGGGCUUCACAACUAAUUUUAGACUAUAAUGCGACCAUCACUUUCACAGUCGACUUAAAUGGUCGUGCUAACUUUAGCAGCGUGCAGAAAGCGAUUGAUGCCGUUCCUGAAUCUAGUUUUAAUACAACCCUUAUUAUAAUCAAUUCUGGUACAUACAGAGAAAAGGUAGUGGUCCAAGCCAACAAAACAAACAUAAUACUACAAGGUCAAGGCUAUCUUGAUACAAUCAUAGAAUGGAAUGACACUGCAAAUUCCACUGGAGGGACUUCCUAUAGCUACUCGUUUGCGGUUUUUGCUUCAAAGUUCACUGCUUACAACAUUAGCUUUAAGAACACUUCUCCUCCACCUUCACCAGGAGAGGUUGGAGCACAAGCAGUGGCACUGAGAGUUACCGGUGAUCAAGCCGCAUUCUAUGGAUGUGGUUUCUAUGGUGCGCAGGACACACUCAAUGAUGAUAGUGGAAGACAUUAUUUUAAAGAAUGUUUCAUUCAAGGAUCCAUUGAUUUUAUAUUUGGAAAUGCUAGAUCAUUUUAUGAGGAUUGUACCAUAAACUGUAUAGCAAAACAAGAUUUGGAUGGGAUUGGUGGAUCUAUCACAGCUCAUGGACGACAAUCAUUGAAGGAAGAAACAGGAUUUUCCUUUGUGAAUUGCAACAUCGUUGGAAGUGGAAAAGUGUGGCUUGGAAGAGCUUGGGGAGCAUUUGCCACAGUGGUUUUUUCAACGACAAACAUGUCUGAUGUCGUAGCUGCUGAGGGAUGGAACGAUUGGAGAGAUCCAUCUAGAGACCGGAGUGUCUUCUUUGGGGAGUACCAUUGUAUAGGACUUGGAGCAAAUUAUACAUCUAGAGUCUCUUAUGCAAGACAACUCAGGGAUUUUGAAGCAACCUCCUAUAUAAAUGUUUCAUACAUUGAUGGAAAUGAUUGGCUUCUUAACUAUUUAACUUAACUUAAUUGUGUAAUUACUAAUUAGUCUGUUUAUUAUAGUCAAUGUAUGAUUUUGAAUUUUUUUUUUUCUAUAAUAAAUUUGUAAAUGUUUC